GCCAUUUUCUACGUUUUUGCGAAUUGUCAUCGCCGACAUUCUUGUUGGGUUGUUUCCUAAAAGUAGGAUAGCUAAACCAACAAUUUGUUUUAAUCAUGGAAGCUGUAACAGCCUUCGGCAAUGAGUUGGCGAGUGUCUAUGAAAAUAAACCGCCUCUCUCAAAGGCUAAGAUGAUUGCCGUCACAAAAGGAGCCAUGAAGGCAGGCAAAUUCUACAAGCAUGUUGUGUACAAUGUAGAGAAGUUUCUCGCUAAGUGUCCACCCGUGUACAAAGUUCCUGGGCUCUAUGUUAUCGACUCAAUUGUGAAGCAGUCUCGACACCAGUUCGGAGCAGAUAAAGAUCUUUUUGGACCCAGAUUUGCGAAAAACUUCCCAACCACAUUCACCAACAUCAUGCAAUGCCUGCCUGAUGAGAGAGGCAAGGUACGAAAGGUUUUGAGCAUCUGGAUGAAGCAGAGGUACUUUGAACCUGCUCUUAUCAAGGAACUGAUGAGAAUAACAGAUUCUGGGGAUUUGCCGCCUCCACCACCGCCGGAACCUAAAUCUGUAGAAGAGGAUCCGCAUGAGCUGCUGCGGUCCAUCCAGAAUCAGCUGAUGAGACAGCCUGCUGGAAGUCCUCUAGACAGCAAUCUGAUGGCUCAGAUACAGACCCUCACAGAGCAGCUGGUGAAACAGACACUAGACCAAAAUGCAGGAGGAAGCGGGAUUUUGUCCGACCCAGACCUGCUGAAACAGAUACAGGACAUCUCUAAUGCACUAAUGGCGACAGAAUCCGAUGAAGCACCAGCUGUGACUAGCUACUCAUCUGGCAGUGAGCAGGACGACAGCUCACGGUCGUCAACUCCAAAACGCUACAGGGAGAGAGAUAAGGAACGUUCAAGGAAGCAUCUACCGGCAGUGAGAGAUAGACACGGCUCGUUGUGCACGCGUACGAUCUGGGUGGGCCAUCUGCGUCCGAUCAUCACGGAUACAGAGUUGCAAGGCGAAUUUGAGGAGUUUGGCGGAGUUGAAUCGAUUUUUAUGAUUCCUCCAAGAGGCUGUGCGUACGUUGUCAUGGAUAGACGAGAGGAUGCGUAUCGAGCCCUGCGUGCGCUUAGCAACGUGAAGCUGCACUCUUGCGUCCUCAAGAUGGACUGGGCUCCAGGCAAAGGUGUGAAGUACGAUGACAACUACCAGAAAUACUGGGAUGUUGAUCAAGGGGUAUCGUACAUCCCAUGGAAGAAGCUGCCGACAGAUCUGUCCGCACUGAAUCUGAUGAGUGAGGGCGCCAUGUUUGAUUUGGAAAGUCUGCCUCCACAUCUGAAAAGUGCGUUUGAGCAGCAGAAGCAACCACUGGGUGCCAUGUCGCAGCAAGAUCUCAUGAAUAUGGCUGCUGCUCAGGACCAAGACUUUGCAAUGGGCGGCCACGGCAUGCAAGCUCCUCUACACAUGUCUGGAGUGGGGCCUGGUAUGAUGCAAGCGAACCCAGCAGUCGCUCCAGACCUUCUAAACCAAGGCAUGGUGCCUCCGUCAUCGAUGGGCGGCCCGAGGACCCUAACCCAAGUGCUCUCCGGCUGGGCGCAGAAGCAGGCCGGCUUCACGCCGCCGCCGGUGGUGAUGCAGCCGCGCAGCAUGAUCGCGGUUGGCAUGGCUCCACCGCCGGACAUGCUGCAGCCACGCAUGCACGCGCCGGGCUCGGGCGGCCCCCCCGCUCAUGUGCUGGGCCCGGGCGGCGGCGGCCCCGGUCCCGUGCCGCUCAUGUCCAUCAACACUAUGCCGACCGGCAGCGGCGGUGCGCCCAGCAAGCUCGCUCUGCUUGCUACACCGGGCGACGCGCUGCGCGCAGGACCUGCCGUCAACCAGCUGCCUCCGCAGACGCCUCCUAUACAGGCCCCUCCCAUGCAAGGUCCACCCAUGCAGGGUCCCCCCAUGCAGGGUCCACCCAUGCAGGGUCCCCCCAUGCAGGGGCCUCCCAUGCAGGGUCCCCCCAUGCAGGGUCCCCCCAUGCAGGCGGGCCCGAUGCGUGGAAUGCUGCCGAGUCCGGCGCAGGUGCCGCCGUUUGGCAACGCGAUGAUGCUGCAGGAUUCCGGCCCGUACGCGCGCGCGCCGGGUAACGUGAUGCGCAUGAACAGCGCAGCCGAGAUGGACCAGCCGGUUGGUUUCCCACCACACGGGGGCAACGCGCCGGGAAGCUGGCAGGAGGUGCCCGCGUGGCAGGAAGAAGGGCCCAGGUGGGGGCGAGGCGGAGGAAUAGGAGGAGCCGACGGCAGAGGUGACCGCAACGAGAGGGGAGGGUUCGCCGGCGCCUACACGGGCGGCGGCGGGUACCCCGAUCACACGAGUGUGCCUCCUCCCAGAGGCUUCCCCGAGCGGGGUGCGGCGACGCGUGGGUACGUGGACCGCGGGAGGGGCGGUCACCCGAGAGCACAAGGUAACCGUGGCAACUGGCAGGGCCACGAUCCUAACUGGAUGAACAACAGGUGGCAGCAGGAGGCAGAGGAAGAGGAGGCAUCUGUCGAUGGUGGUGAUUUCUCUUUUUCUUCGGCAUCGACAAGGAAGCCUUCGUGGCAAGAACAGGGCAGAGGUGAAAACGAUUCAUGGGUGCCGUAUCACAAUUCAAAGCAGAAACAGAGAGUGAGCAGAAGCCAACAAGAUGAGGAAGACGUCUUUGAAACUGCAGCAACUAACAGGAACAGCAACGAAGGUGAUCGGCGUAAAUUUUCUGUGUCUUCAAAGUGGAAACAGCAAGAUGAAGAGAAUCGCUAUGCUCUACCUCUUUCGUUCAGUUCCGCAAAGUGGAAACACCAAGGAAGACAGAGUGAAGAAGCCGAAAUGCUUGAGUCAUAUAGCUCCACAUUGCGUCCAAACAACGACAGAAUAGAAAGCAAAGAGUCGGUUGCGCCGAUGCCAUUGAAAACGAAAACACUAAAGGAGAAAGAUGAAACUGUUGAAAGUAGUGUGAAUGCUGUGAUUUGUGAUAAUAAGCACGUUGAAGGAACUGUUCACCCUCGCCCCCUCGCCAAUUACUGGGACGAAUGGCAAAACGGGGAGCAGUCAGGCUUUGGGCGAUCAGAAUGGAGUAACGAAAAUCUGACAGAGCCAACGACACUGCCGAACCCAAUGCGAGGCCGACCGCAAACGCCACCUGGCGAGUAUCCGUACCACGAUGAGGACGCUGCCGAACAGUUGCUCCGAUUGGACGAUGAGCGUGAGAACUGCGCCGAAUUUGACGAAUCCGACGACGACGUCGACUCCUUGGUGUCGCGCCUCGUAGCAGCUCUCGUCGCCGAUGUCAUCGGAGAAACUCCUUAUCCAUUUGCGGAGGUUGCAGCGCGCUGCGCUCGGGAGAGUGAAUGUGCUAGCAGUAAGUCGGAUACAGCUGUUGAACCCCACACGUUGACGACAAUGGCAGACGCCGCACGCGGUGAUAUCAGUAAAGACGAAGAGCCAGAUCUCGCUGCCUUUAGACUGCCUUCGACGUUUUCUUUGACAAGAAGGGCUGUGGAUGAGGAGGGCAUGCUCAAGAAACCAGUUCCCCAUAACAGCGACGAUCAUAAAGAUGCCUGGGAUAGGGAAGGUCCGCGUAGGAGCACCACGCAAGCAACGUCGUUUUCGCACGGAAAGGUUGCCGAUGCGAAGCAGGGUCCCACCGAGGACGCAGGUCGUCCACAUCCGCAGAAAGAGUGCGGUUAUUUUCGACACGACUUUGACGCGGCGAGAGAGCCGCACGGCUACGAACAGCCCGGCGGUUACAGGGAAUUCCGAGGGCGCGGCUGGCGUGGCCGUGGCGACUACCGCGGCAACUUCCGCGGUGGCUUCAGGGGCCAAGGAGAUUACUUCGGUGAUAUGCGAGGCCGGGGCAGGGGCAGGGGUCAUGCACGCGGAUACCACGACGCAAGAUUCAACUACUGGGAGGAACGAGAUGGCAGGGGCAGGCAGGCUGAGUUCGGUGACCGCCGGUAUCCAGAUGGCGAUCGCCGAUAUCCGGACGACAACCGCAGGUAUCCUGACGACGAUCGCAGGCAUCCGAACGACGAUCGCCGGUAUCCUGAUGACAAUCGUCGGCAUCCUGACGACGACCGUCGGUACCCUGACGACGACCGUCGGUAUCGAGACAACGACCGAUCCAGCGGCAACAGGCACCUGAGCCGGGAGAGCAAGUACGAGAAGCCGCCGCGCGAAUCGCCGCGGCGGCACCGCAGCGCCGGCGAGGCGAAGAGCGGUGGAGACUUUGCGCAGGAGCUGAGCCGCUACGAGCGCUGGCGGGACGAGUCGCGGCUCGACCGCUCGCGCUCGUACGGUCGCAGCAGCAGCGACGAGGACGGCUGGUUGUCGGAGGAGAACCGCUCGAUGGAGCACGUCCCAGCGUCCAGGAGGACGGAGAGGUACGAGUCGGCAAGCGAGCGCGACAGCAGGCAGAGCCCGCAUAGAUCCGUACGAGAGUCGAUCGAGUCGAAGAGGCGAUACAGCGAGUCGUCCAGUCGUCACGGUUUCGAGGCGAACACGACCAAGGUUCCGCCGGCGAAAAAAGUUGCGCCGCGACCGAAAACUCCGCCGCCGACGAAGAAACGAAAAGCGGAAGCAUCCGUUACUCGAUCUCCCGUGGCCCAGGUGGCGCCACCGAAGCCGGCCGCGCGCACGUCUGCCCCUAAAGCGAGACAGGCCGCAGUGAAGCGAGCGCUUUCGCCUGCCAACUCGCCAGCUACCAAGCGCAUUAGCGUACGACCGGCACCGGUGGUGGAAACAGAGGAAGGUGAGAUUCUAUCCGACGAAGACGACACACCGACGGUCGACGCGUGCGUGUCUGCGGGGUUGCGCGCCAUCGUGGACACGUCAUCGUCGUCAUCAUCGUCGUCGUCGUCGUCGUCGUCGUCGUCGUCGUCGUCAUCGCAGUCGAGCGACAGCUGUGAUGCGAUGAUGAUGCAGGAUGUACCUGCAGGCGUCAGGUCAUCUCCGAGACGGCAGCGGGCGCCGCGUCCUGGCAAGGAUCACGCAGAGGACGGCCAGCGAGGGCAGGAGUCUCCUCCUCAGCCGCCUGCUCGAGAACCGCCUCCUCGAGUUCCCGUCGAGGAGGAAUCAGCCGACGUACAUUCCAGUCAGGGUCGCUCCUCUCUCGCACACGACGAGAGGGGGGUGGCGGCGCACGACGAGAGGGGGGUGGCAGCACACGACGAGAGGGGGGUGCAGUCACAUGACAAGAGGGGAGUGCAGUCACACGACGAGAGGAACAGCUUCCAGGACGUGCUCGGCCGGUCGAACGACGCGGGCGACGUUGCCGCGGGCAACCGCGCGUCGGUUGACGAUGCGGGCGCGGCGGCGGGAUGGGACGGGUGA